AUGGCUACUGUAUCAAAGGAAUGUGAGUACGAGAGUCUUCCGCCAAAAACGGCUAGAUCUCUUGGCAUCUUCUAUGCCAACCCCAACGCACCCAGAUUCAUUGUUGUCGGUGGCGUCAGGUUCAUCAACAAUCUCCUCGAUAUCAAGGAUCGUUUGGCCGUCGAGAUAUACGAUCCCCAGUUAAAUUCCUGGGAAAUCUGUCCUCCUUUUCCUGCUGAUUUCAUAUCCGGAAACUCUUUGUUAUCGUUGUCCUCAGCUUUGUUCGGAGGGAAAUUUUAUGUGCUUUGGAUUUAUUCGUGUUUCAUAUCAUCCUUUGACUUGGAGAAACGUGUUUGGACCUUAGUCCAGAUGCUUAGGCCUCCUAGGUACCAUAACACUGGGGUUAUCUUCUCCUUCUUAAUCUUGUGCCAAGACAGGCUUGUUCUUGCUGGAAUAUGUAAUUCGUCACUUGGGCCAUCGUUUAAUUUGUGGAGGAUCGAUGAGAGAACCAUGGAGUUCAGCAAGAUUGCGAUUAUGCCUCAGGAUUUGCUUUACAGCUUGUUUGAUAGCGACGAGGAUGAUAAAUUUGCAAGCCUGAAAUGUGUUGGGUUGGGUUACCAUAAAAGAUAUCUCAGAUUUGGGUGAAUUCUGACGGUGGCCGGCUCCAUGAUUCUAGCGAAAGCUUCUAAUGGAGAGGUGUGUCCGGCAGAGAUUAGAAAGAACAGAAAUGAGUAAGGAAUUGAGUGUUUUCAUGUUUAUAUUAUUUUUAUUGUAUUUUUAUUUUUAUUUUUUUGUUUUUUGAGUUUAUAAUUAGAUGUUGUAAAAUGAAAAUUUAACUGCCCAUUUUUAU